CAGCAGCAUCGGCAGCGGCGCAUGCACGAUGAUGAGGCGCUGUCUGCUGCUCAGCUUGGGCGUCAGAGCGCUCAGGGUGCAGCGUGUGCCAGCACGACCAGUACUUAGCCAUGAAUGCAUUCAUGCGGCACAUGCAGCCGCGCCAGCACUGUGCACUCAGCACCCUUCAACAACGCGCACCGAUCGAAAAUGCAUCGCAAAAGCAGCACUGCUAGCCGGCAUUCUCUCAGCAACGGCAGUGCCAGCUUAUGCCAUCGAUCCGUCGCCAGCAGCGCUGCAAAUAGUGCAGAGCGCGCUGGAGUCGUCAUCUCAGCAGAAGCCCGACGCCGUCGCAAAGCUCGACAAGGCCAUCACCACCUGGAAGAGCGAGAAACUGCCGGACGAUGAAUUAGCUGGUUUGUAUCGGCUGCGUGCCGACGCCCGCAAUCGCUUGGGCGCCCCGGACAAAGCAGAGGCGGACUUGACGGAGGUAGUGCGGCUGCUCCGCGGCCCGGGCGCCGCCGCGGCCGACCCGGCUGAACUACCCCGGGCGCUGCUGUUCCGAGCGAGGCUCGAAUUCGCGCGCAGCGCCUGGUCGGCGGCCCGCGAGGACGCCGCCGCGGCACUGGCACUGGACGACAACUUGGAGAACCUUGAGCAGAAGAACCCGUUUACCUACGAGCUGCUCGGGCGAGCGGCUCUGCGCGAAGGAGAUUAUGCGGCAGCGGCCGCUGCGUUCGGAAGUGCUGAAAAGGCCCACGAUCGCGUUGGAGACGCUAUAAGAGCACGAAACGCUGGUGCGGACCGAGCGCUCGCUUUGCUCGGUGCCGGAGACGAGGCGGGAUCUACGGAGAGCCGUCGUAUAUUUGCGCAGAAGAGCAAUCCGCGCACGAACAACCCCGACGACAUCCCGUUGCUCCAGGAGUUAAGCCGCAAGGAUGCCGAGCUCCACCUGGCGCUUGCUGCCAAACUGGCCUCUAAGGGUCAGGCCGUAGAUGCGUCUGCCCUGUGGGAGACGGGCUGCGUUCGCUUGAGGACCUACGUCGACGACGCGACGGCACGGAUCGUCGCCGACGACGUCCGCGGCAGUGCACGAAUCAAAUUUUUGACGCGACGCACACCCGACUCACUGGUUGAUUUGCGCACAGGCCAAGACGGAUAACUUGGCCAAGGACCGGGCGGCGGCGGCCCGCGGCCUCGCAGCGUUUUCCGUGGGCCUGGACCCAAAGAACCCUUAUGUAACUCAACAGACGAAUACGCAAUUCCUCUGGUACGAGCUCGACGUAGAAUCAAAUUUAUAUCGUUAACCUGACUCACUGGUCCUCACAGGUACGAGUUGGAAUCCGACGGGGCCGGCGCCGCGGACGAGGACUAUUCGUUUGCAGGCGAUGCCAAAGUUAAGCGGCGCCGUGUUGGUGCGCGCGGCGAUGAUGGUUUUGCUCGUUUAGCAAAGGUUGAUGCGAAACUUUCCUGUGACGCGUUCACCGAUCGCUCGUGGUUGGACGCGAAUCGCGCUGACUGGUCGCCGUCGCUACGCGCCGAGGCCACCGCCUUUCGAGCGCCGAAAGCGAAGGAUGCGGUCGCUCUGCCAGAUCUUACCAUGCCGCGGAGGAUGUGGUCUCCUGAGUAA